AUGAUGAGUGUAAAAUUUUGCAAAAAUAUAAUAAAAUGUGGAAAAGAUAAACUUAAUGAACCCCCCCAAGAUAGUACAGGAGUAGGUGAAGUAAUCAAACCCGUAUCUUCACAAAAUAAAGAGAAUAUACCAAAUGAUACUUCGAAAAAAAGAGAUACUCCAACAAAGACUAUAUCGUUUACAAUACCAGGUAAUUUAGAAAAUGAUAAUUCGAAUGAUGAAAAUAAGAAUGGUUAUGGAGUUGUAGGGACAUCUUCAUCACAUGCGAUAGUUGUGACUUCAUUGCCUCAACCUGAAGGUACAACUUCGACUGUAACACCACCUGGUCCUGUAUCGACAGGAGUAUCCGAAUCAUCUGAUAACUCGGGACGUACGAGUUUAGUUACAUCUGAAAGUGGAGAUGCAUCUGCGAAUACAGCUUCGGCUGUGGUCUUAACUGAAACAGGUCAACUUGGACAACUUCAACAACCACAGCAACCUCGUUCACCUGUGACUCCAUCACAAGGCUUACAACAACCUGGGAGUACUCCAGUUAAAGAUAAUUUAGAACCUGGAUCCCCUGAUAAACCUAUUCAAGUAGAAUCCUCUCUGUUGAAAAACUUUGAUGGGGUAAAAAUUGUUGGUUCAUGUGGUGCAUAUUUUCGAGUACAUCUUGUUCCACAUAUUUUAAUAUACGCCUUAACUAAAUAUUCAAUUAUUCAAAUAGAAUCAUUAUUUAAUGAAAAUACAAAGAUAGAUUUUGAACAUGCGGAUGAUAUAAAGAAUAAAUCUGUCAAGGUAGAUAUAAGAAAAUACAGAGUUCCAAAAUUAGAUAGGCCAUUCACUGCCAUACAGGUGUAUACCGCAAAUGUGAAAGCGGGUCUGAUUGAAAGUAAAAAUUAUGCCAUAGGAAGUGAUAUUCCUGGGAAGUGCAGUGCAAUUGCAACUGAAUGCUUCUUAAACGGCAAUUUCAACAUAGAGAGUUGCUAUCAGUGUACUUUACUCGUACAGAACAAGGAUCUGUCAGAUGAAUGCUUUAAGUAUGUCUCUGGUGAUAUGAAAUCAAAAUAUAAUGAAAUAAAAGUGAUGGGACAAGAUGAUCAGGAUUCGAAGGAAUAUCAAUUUAAUGAGUCUAUAGAUAUUAUAUUAAAAAAUAUAUAUAAAGUAGAUAUAAGUAAAAACAGUAAGGUGUUAAUAACUCUGGAUGAUUUUGAUGAUGUUUUAAAAAUAGAAUUAAUGAAUUAUUGUAAGUUAUUAAAAGAAAUGGAUGUAAAAGGGACUUUAGAAAAUCAUCAGUUAGGAAACGAAGUAGACAUAUUUAAUAAUUUGAUACGACUGUUAAGUAUUCAUCCUAAUGAGAAUAUUAUUACAUUACAGGAUAAGCUAAGGAACACAGCAAUAUGCCUAAAGGAUGUUGAUAAAUGGAUUGAAAAUAAAAGAGGUUUAAUAUUACCUGUGUUAGAAGAUAAUACUAUUUCGGGUAAUUCAAACAGUUCGUCAAAUAUUGAAGAAGAAGAAGAUGAUGAUGAUGAAUAUAAAAAUGGUAAUUAUCUAAAUGAAGAUAUAUAUAGAAAGGAUGGAGAUGGUGUUAUUGAUUUAGUUAAAGCAGGAAAAGAAUUAAAAUUAAGAUCUCCUUAUUUUAAAAAUAGCAAAUAUUGUAAUAAAGAAUAUUGUGAUAGAUGGAAAGAUAAAACAAGCUGUAUAUCAAAUAUUGAAGUAGAAGAGCAAGGAAAUUGUGGACUUUGUUGGGUAUUUGCAUCUAAAUUGCAUUUAGAAACUAUUAGAUGUAUGAGAGGAUAUGGUCAUUUUAGAAGUUCUGCAUUAUUUAUUGCAAACUGUUCUAAGAGGAAACCUAAACAUAGAUGUACUGUAGGAUCAAAUCCAAUAGAAUUUCUUCAAAUUGUAGAUGAAAGAAAAUUCUUACCUCUAGAAUCUGAUUAUCCAUAUUCAAUUAUAAAUGCAGGAAAUGCUUGUCCAAAGCCUAAAAACAAUUGGACUAAUUUAUGGGGAAAUAGCAAAUUAUUAUUUCAUAAAAUGUAUGGACAUUUUAUGAGUUAUAAAGGAUUUAUAUCAUAUGAAAGUAAUCACUUUAGAGACAACAUGGAUCUAUUUAUAGAUUUAGUAAAAAGAGAAAUUCAAAAUAAAGGUUCUGUUAUUAUUUAUAUAAAAACGAAAGAUGUUAUUGGUUAUGAUUUUAAUGGAAGAGGUGUACAUAGUAUGUGUGGGGACAGAGUACCAGAUCAUGCAGCAAAUAUAAUUGGUUAUGGUAAUUAUAUUAAUACGGAUGGGAAAAAAAGAUCAUACUGGAUUGUUAGAAAUAGUUGGGGUUAUUAUUGGGGAACAGAAGGAAAUUUUAAAGUAGAUAUUCUUGGACCCCCACAUUGUAAAUAUAAUUUCAUACAUACUGUAGUUGUUUUCAAACUUAACUUAGGUAUUGUUAAUAUAUCAAAUAAUAAGAUAAAUGAUAAGGCUCCUUAUUUUUCGAAACACAGUUCUGACUUUUUCCAUAGUCUUUAUUUUAAUAAUUAUAAUGAAUACGAAGAUGAAUCUCCCUUUGACAAUGAUGAUGAUAUGAAUGUAGUGAACCCUGGUGGCAAUAAAUAUAAGGGCUUUUCACAAAAGGAACCGAGGAAAGGAAUUAUUAGGGGUCAAGAUGAUCCAUCCACGGGGGGAAGUGAUGCCACUGAAGGUGGAGGUAGUAGUAGCAGUGGAAGUAAUGGUAGUAAUAGUAGUAGUAAUAGUAAUAGUAGUAGUAGUAGUAGUAGUAGUAGUAGUAGUAGUAGCAGUAGUAGUAGUAGUAGUAGUAGUAGUAGUAGUAGUAGUAGUAGUAGUAGUAGUAGUAGUAGUAGUAGUAGUAGUAGUAGUAGUAGUAGUAGUAGUGGUAGUGGUAGUGGUAGUAGUACUAGUAGUAGUGGUAGUGGUAGUAGUACUAGUAGUAGUGGCAAUAAUAGUGGUGAUAGUGGCACUGAUGUGAACUCGUCAGUCGAGAAAAAUAUUCAAAUAUUACAUAUUUUAAAACAUAUCGAGAAUUCAAAAAUUACGAGAUCCUUUGUUAAAUAUGAUAAUAUAAAUGAAACGAAAGAGGAUCAUACAUGUUCAAGGUCCCACUCAAAAGACCCAGCGAAACAUGAUGAAUGUAAACAGUUUUGUGAAUCUAACUGGAACACUUGCAAAGGUCAUUAUUCUCCCGGUUACUGCUUAACAAAAUUGUACAAUGGAGGAAAUUGUUAUUUCUGUUAUGUGUAA